GAGAGAGAGAGAGAGAGACCACAUACAUCACAAUGUAACAAUAAAAACAGACAGUCUAUUUCCAGAUGUUGCACAUCCUCUGUGAUCGUGUUAAAUUACCUUCACGUUUCUACCACUUUAUUUUUGGUUUGUGAUCGAGUCCAGUUCAGCUGAAGAUGCAGCUGUUUUUCUUCACUGUGCUGCUGGUGUUGGGCUUUCCCUUCAUCAUGACUGAAGUUGUAGAUUCAUUCAAACAAUGCAGUGGCUUUUUUUUUAAAGAAGAGCCUCCAAAGAUUAAUGACAUUCUGGAGAGAUCAGUUUCACUGGAUGAUAACCGAUACAAACUAAUCUGUCAGAAAUAUAAUGGGAAAAACAGAUAUGCAACUCUCUACGACACAAAAAAUAAGAUUCCUGUUUUCUCAGCUUACACAUAUAAUGGUAGAAAAAUCUCCGGAAGACCAAAAAUUCCAUGGAUGAUCGAGCCACAGCUGGAAUUGACAGAUGAAAUGCAUAAACCAUGCGUCAGUCAAGCUUGUACACAAGACUACUUCAACCAACUGAAUCUGUGUCGGGGUCACUUAUUUCCCCAGUUCCAUGCAGCUGAUGAAGACACUGCCAAAUCUACAUUCACACUGACCAAUAUUGUGCCACAGAUAAAGACUUUUAACAGUAGAAGCUGGAAUCGUAUGGAGGAAAAUGUUAAAAAGGUAAUGGAUUCUCACUGCAGAGUUGAAAAAGGCAGAAGUAAGAUUUUGGCUUAUGUGCUGACAGGAGCUGUACCAAGCCAAAAUAAUCCGAUGAAAGGAAAAGUAAACAUUCCCUCACACAUGUGGACAGCGUUCUGCUGCUAUAACAGAAAGAGCAAAAAAUGGGAGUCCCAAGCUCACUGGGCUGAAAACAUAGAUGAGAGCAAUGAUAAAGGCAAAACUAUCAGCAAAAAGAGUCUGAAGGAUUUGCAGGAUUUUCUAAAGAUCAACUACACAGAAACCAUACUGUUUAAAGAUCAGUGUUCAGAAAUGUUAAAUGCGCAUGUAAGUCAGCCUCUAGAACCAGAUAGUGAUGAACAAUAUGAUGAGGAACAGUCACUUUUGGCAUUCUUAAUAUCAUUGCCAGCGAAGGUCUGGGUAACUAUACUUGCGUAAAAGUUAGGUAAUUAUAAGUAUGAAUUUGUCUGGACUCUGUUUUAAUGGUUUAAUUAAAUUGUAUAAAUAAAAAACCAUGUACAAUUAAUUAAAGUCAUGAAACCUACACAAUAUAGCAACAAUUUACUAAGAGUUUAACAAAAAUUACAUUUUUAGGGACUUUUUUUGUUCUCUUAAAUUCCAUUUUAUUUCACCAAAUUCUGUGUUUUCCAUUUUCAUUUUCUGGAUUACAAUUUUAUUGGUUUAAUACAUUUUAAUAAUCAAAUGCAUCUGUAAAUGACUAAAACCUUAAUUUCUUGUUCUUUUAUUGAUGUGUUUUUUAAAUACUGUGUUGUGCAUUUAAAUGUUUCUUGUUCGCUUCAUGAAAAGCAUAGCGCCCUAUAUACAUGUCUAAUAAGUCAUGUACUGUUAAGAUUGUCUAAAUGUGAUGAUGGCAUGAAUUAACGACAGCAACUGUUUCUGUUAUUAACAUUGACAACUGUGUCUUUGACAUCUACUGUAUGUAAAAUAAAACCAAACAAUUAAAUGCUUUCA